UUUCCAAGGAAGAUUUUUACUCAUUGGAGCAACUAAGCAGACGCCAGUCAUUAUCUCUCCGUCCGUUUCCAUCGCUCCCUAGUGGUGAAAUACUUAUGCGGUGGUGGACUCUGUACGCUCGCAGACGUUUCAUAUCCGCCAAUGCGGCCCAAGUCCGGAAGUGACUUCACCCACGAAAUAGUUCGUUUUCCUCUUCCCUCCCGUAUCCUUUCCCCUUGUCUCUCGUAUCCUUAAACUUCAGCACCAGGGGAAGCUUCUCUUUGCAAAGCGGCUCAGGGAAUCUUUCCAAGCGAAGGGCUGGGGAGUGAUUUUCCAUUGAAAAAAAUAGAGGCGUGAGAAAAUCGGCAUUGGAAAAUUGACUUGCCGAGAAGAAAGAGUUAAUUUCAGGCUCUUCCCCCCGACGGGGCGGAGAUUUGAGUGGGAGGAUUCUGCAGAAUUCUGGGAUUUUAUUUCGCCGCUUUGCAAAGUUACUCGUGGGAUCUUUGGCUAACCAAGUCAUGUCUGUGGGCUGCAUUUACACACGGCUGAGUCCUCUGCUUCGACCAUCCCGUAUGAUGCUUUUCCAUCAUCCAAGUUGUGCCAUCCAUGCCUCCAGUACCACACUUGCUGGACACAACAAGUGGUCCAAAGUCAAACAUGUUAAGGGGCCUAAAGAUAUUGCACGUGCCUUGGCCUUCCAAAAACUUACCAUGAUGAUCCGUUUUGCUGUGAAGGAAGGAGGAUCCAACCCAAAUCUUAACAGUAAUUUAGCCAACAUUAUUGAGGUGUGUCGAAGGAAGAAUAUGCCAAAAGGCUCUAUUGAAACAGCCAUCUCUGGUGCGGACAAAAUAAAAUCCAUCUAUCACCUUUGCGGCGUCCGAGGUCCAGGUGGCUCAUCUGUAUAUGUCGAGAUACUGACAGACAACUUAAAGAGGACUUCCAAUGAAAUCCGACAUCUUUUAAACAAAAACGGGGGGAGUAUUAUCGAAGGGAUUCACAAUCAUUUUGAAAAAAAGGGGAUUGUGACUGUUAGCAAGGAAGACAAAUCCGGCAGACCUGUCAGCUUGGAUCGGGCAUUCGACUUGGCAAUUGAAGCCGAAGCUGAAGAUGUCGAGGAAGAGGAAGAGGAGGAUGAGAAGGUGGUGCUUAGGUUUAUUUCCGCUGUGUCCACCUUGCACCAAGUACGUGAAAAACUGGAGUCGCUAGGCCUUUGUUCUUUGUCUGCUGGCCUUGAAUUCAUCCCAGUUGUCCACGCCAAGCUAUCAGAUGCUGAGAUGGAAGGGGCUAUGAGGUUGUUAGAAGCCCUUGAGAACCACGUAGACGUUGUGCGGGUAUACAACAACAUUGCUUAGUUUUACCAGCAUACCUUCAGGAGCUACUGAAACCUUACCAGAUAAAUUCUGGUUUUAUCCCUCUCCCGCAUCCAAAUCAAGAUUAUUAAUGGUAAAUGAGGUUUGCUAUGUUUCGGACAUACCUGUUUGUCUCUUUGCCCUCCUUUUCAAGUUCCUGAUCGGGAGACAACCCCAUAGCAUGUACCAAAUGGGGAUGCUAGAAAAGUGCUUGGGCAAGAAGAUCACUUGGACAACUUCUGCCAGAAAUAUCUGGGAUUGUUUCCUGGUUUCCAUUGAAGGACAGGAUGCUGUCUCAUUAGCACCUCAAUAUAUCCAAACAGAUAAUUCCCAAGCCAACAGUGAUACGUUAACUGAAAGAUCAGUAAUCUUAAUUUAACUGGAUACCUUCUUGGUCCGUUUUUCCAGCGUGGUUGGGAGAUAGUUCUGCCUUCUUCAAGCAUGCAAGCUCGUGAAAAUCCUUACACUUACACACAUACAUGGAGAAACACACAUACACACAAACCUGGAGGGCAAUGCAGUUUUUAUGUGUGAUGGACCCAGUUUGGAUAUAUACUUGGACAUUAAAUGCAUCCAAAUAGCCAUUCUGAAGCAUUGGUCCUGGAAAAUCAUUCAGCAGCAAUUCAUAUCUGUGUUGCUAGGAUCAGUAUCACUUUGUUCUCUCCCCUUAGAUCAAAUUGUUCAAAAAUACUAAUACAGAACUUGUAAGAGAAAGCUGGUGUGUAAACAAUGUCUAUUUACAUUGAUAAUUGUACAUUCAUACACACACACACACAAGGCCAUUUGGUAUGGUUCUAUCAAAUUUGAGGGAAAAAGUACAUAUUGUAGUUGUGUGGCUGGCAUCUCUCAGAUGUGUAUAGGUACUCCUCAGCUUAUGACCAUUACAGUAGGUCAUGAUGGUCCUAAAGCAGUUCACCCAUGUGACUGACUCCAUUUUACCUUUUUUUGUGGCACUCUGCAGGUGAACGCUGCAUUGCUUGUUAUGCAUUGUAUGCAUAGCAAACAUAGCAUUGUUUGCUACAGGCCAGUUUUACUGAAAGCCAAAAGUAAAUACUAUUUUUUAGCAAAAAAAUAAAUAAAUUGUAAAACACAAGCAUAUAACAAUGAGAUGCUGCAAAUAACAGUAUAUGAGCACCCAAUGUGUGGCCACGGGAUGGUUAUGGGGCAGGGCAGCUGUCAGAAUUUCAUAACCCUCUUUUAAGAACCUUUGGAGAUGAUUAGAAGUGUCUACCAUAACUUCAAAUGGUUGCUAAGCAACUGGUUACGUCAAGGAUUGUAUAUAUGAACACUGAUGAAUGUAUAUGUAAACAUGUCACAACUGAUUUGCACAGAUAGGAUUAUGAGCCUAUGCAUUACAAAUUGGGGAAAGAAAUCCUUUUGUAAAAAGGAGACUUUAUUAUUGGAUAAGUGACAUUAUUUUUGUAUUCAUAUUCUCUCCUGAAGGAUGUGGUGGCUGAGUGGCUAAGACGCUGAGCUUAUCGAUCAGAAAGGUUGGCAGUUCAGCGGUUCAAAUCCCUAGUGCC